AUGGGUUUAUCUCAACUGAUCAAGGUUGCAGCUCUGCUUGCAUCUGCAUGUCUCACGAAUGCAUCGCUUCAGAUAGUUCCUGGAGCAACUUGGACUUCUCCCAAUACCCAUGCACACAUUCAAGCGCAUGGAGCCGGAGUCAUCGAAGUUGAUGGGACAUAUUAUCUCAUCGGUGAAGACAAGACAAACGGCAGCAAUUUCCAACACGUCAAUUGCUACUCUUCCACCGACCUGGUGCAAUGGGACUACGUUGGUCCGCUUUUGAGUCUGCAGUCAAGCGGCGAUUUGGGUCCCAAUCGGGUCGUUGAAAGACCCAAGGUUAUAUAUAACUCAAAGACGAAGAAAUAUGUUCUCUACAUGCAUAUUGAUAGCUCGAGUUAUGGGGAGGCCAAGGUUGGCGUUGCCACGGGGGAUAGUGUAUGCGAGACAUAUCAGUAUCACGGGAGCUGGCAGCCGUUGGGAUACCAGUCUAGAGAUAUUGGUCUUUUUCAGGAUGAUGAUGGGUCUGCCUAUUUGCUUACGGAGGAUAGAGCAAAUGGUCUGCGAAUCGACUCAUUGACGGAUGACUAUCUCAAUGUCUCUGCAUCUGUGUAUCUAUUCUCAGACAUGGAAGCACCUGCCAUGCUCAAACUGAACGGAUACUACUUCAUGUUCGCCUCGCAUCUGACUGGCUGGUCCGCAAACGACAACCAGUACAGCUACGCCACCAGCUUAUCCGGACCCUGGUCAAGCUGGCGAACCUUUGCAACCUCGGGAUCAAAUACAUAUCAGUCUCAGACAAACUACAUCUUACCGUUUCCCGGCAAUAGGACAGUUAUGUAUAUGGGUGACCGCUGGAUUGCAUCCGAUCUUGUCGCGAGUACCUAUGUCUGGCUUCCGCUGACGAUUAGUGGCACGACCGUCAGUAUGCAAGACUAUACUAGCUGGGCACCGAACGUUCGAGCAGAUAGCUGGUCAACGGCUCCCUCUGCAAAUAAUUACUACGGGGUAAAUGCCGCACUUUCCAAUGGAGCUGUCGUCGUAUCAUGUUCCGGGUGCUACAACAAUAAAGCCGCCGGGUAUAUCGGUGGACCGAGUCAGGGAACUGCGACUUUCUCUGGUAUUACGUCAAGUUUAUCUACAUUAUCGACUGUGCAGAUAGUGUAUCGUAAUGGGGAUAGUACAGCUCGAUAUGCUAAUGUAACGGUGAAUGGUGUGACGCAGUUAAUUGAGUUCUUGCCCGCAUCGUCGCCUGGAAGGAGUGUUAUCAAUGCGAAUCUCAAGGCGGGUUCGAAUAAUGAGAUUGUUAUUAAGACGAGUGAUGGGACGUAUGGGCCGGAUAUUGGAACGCUCAUUGUGCCUCAGCAGUGA